AUGCCUCUACUGCCAUUCAUUACAAUCAGCCUUGUGCCCAGCCCUCAGCCCUCAACCCAACACCCAGCCCUCAACCCAACGCCCAGCCUUGUGCCCAGCCCUCAGCCCUCAACCCAACACCCAGCCUUGUGCCCAGCCCUCAACCCAACACCCAGCCUUGUGCCCAGCCCUCAACCCAACACCCAGCCUUGUGCCCAGCCCUCAACCCAACACCCAGCCUUGUGCCCAGCCCUCAACCCAACGCCCAGCCUUGUGCCCAGCCCUCAACCCAACACCCAGCCUUGUGCCCAGCCCUCAGCCCUCAACCCAACACCCAGCCUUGUGCCCAGCCCUCAACCCAACGCCCAGCCUUGUGCCCAGCCCUCAACCCAAUACCCAGCCUUGUGCCCAGCCCUCAACCCAACACCCAGCCUUGUGCCCAGCCCUCAACCCAACGCCCAGCCUUGUGCCCAGCCCUCAGCCCUCAACCCAACACCCAGCCUUGUGCCCAGCCCUCAACCCAAUACCCAGCCUUGUGCCCAGCCCUCAACCCAACACCCAGCCUUGUGCCCAGCCCUCAACCCAACGCCCAGCCUUGUGCCCAGCCCUCAACCCAAUACCCAGCCUUGUGCCCAGCCCUCAACCCAACACCCAGCCUUGUGCCCAGCCCUCAACCCAACGCCCAGCCUUGUGCCCAGCCCUCAGCCCUCAACCCAACACCCAGCCUUGUGCCCAGCCCUCAACCCAAUACCCAGCCUUGUGCCCAGCCCUCAACCCAACACCCAGCCUUGUGCCCAGCCCUCAACCCAACGCCCAGCCUUGUGCCCAGCCCUCAGCCCUCAACCCAACGCCCAGCCUUGUGCCCAGCCCUCAACCCAACACUCAGCCCUGUGCCAGUCCUGCUGCUCCUGCAGUGUGUAG